CUCAUUAGGUCCUUUGAAGGACGCUAAUUAGUAGUGUUUUGUUUUUUAUUCCGAAGGAUUUAAACGGGAACUACCGAUUCCCUUGUUUACAUUUAGCGGCAGUCGAAUCGCCAACAUGGAUGACACGAAAGCAUGGCCAGAAGUGGAAAAAGCGGCAGCAGAGAAGAGACGUGAACUGGUUUUACAAGGUACUUCGGCCAAUACAAAAAUUUCAUCAUACGGAGGCCUUCCGUCAGCCAUUUAUUCCCUCACGCUCCUCAAUUAUCUGGAGGUUAGCCAGUGCCCAAGUCUGACAGAGCUCCACGAGGACAUCCAGCAUCUGACAAACCUUCAGAGUCUCAUCCUGUGCAGAAAUAAUCUCGCAUGUAUCCCGAAUAUCAUCAGCAGCCUCAAGUCGCUCAAAGUUCUGGACCUGUCAGCUAACAACCUUGGUCUUUUACCGGAAGGGAUCACGCAAUUACGCGAGCUAACCACUUUGAACGUGAGCUGUAACCACUUGGAGGCUCUCCCGGAUGGACUGAGCCAAUGCCCCAAGCUUUGCAGCGUCAAUAUGUCCAAGAACCGCAUCAUCGGGUUCCCGAGGGACUUCUACUCGGAGAGGCUGGAUUUGCUAAGCACCCUGAUGGCCUCGGAUAAUGCCAUCGUGGAGCUCAGCACGGAUAUUCACAAGUUAUCAGCUCUGAAGGUGCUAGAUCUCUCCAACAACAAGCUGACCGACAUCCCGUUGAGCCUGAGUGACUGCCCCAAGCUAAAGGAGAUCAACUUCAGAGGCAACAAGCUGAAUGACAAGCGCCUUGAGAAGAUGGUGAAAGGCUGCCAGACUAAGUCCAUUCUCGACUACCUCAGAGGAAAAGUAAGGCAGGGAGAGGAGAAAGGUGACAUGGAAGGGGGGCGGGGUGUAAAUGACAGGAAGAGGAAGCAAAAGAAGAAGAAGGAGGAAGAACGAGACGAGUUGGAAGAAAUCAACAAGAUGGUGUUGAGGGUCCUCCAUGUUUCCGAUGCGCCUGAGGCACUCACGGUCAGAGUGAGUGCGGAGGUGAAGGAUGUACGCCCUUACUUGGUGUGCUGUGUGGUCAGAGGCAUGCUCCUGAAACCUGGAAAUGCUCUUAAGCGGUUCCUUGUGGCACAGACGAAACUUCAUGAGGACAUAUGUGGAAAGAGGACCAUCGCGACCAUCGCCACUCAUGAUGUACAGCUUCUCAAAGGUCCACUAGUGUAUGAUGCCAAACCUCCCACACAGCUCAAAAUCACGCCGUUAGGUCGGAAGGAAAUGACAGCCGUGGAGCUGAUGAGACAUCUUCAACUGGAGGCUGAUGAGCUGAGGAAGCAGAAGAAGCGGCAGAAUGUCACUGGUCUUCACAAAUACCUGGACCUUCUGCAAGGAAAAGCACUUUAUCCCUGUAUUGUGGAUGCAGAGGGCCACCUGAUCUCAUUUCCACCUAUCACAAAUAGUGAGAAAACCAAGAUCCAAAAGACAACCAAAGAGUUGUUUUUGGAAGUGACGAGUGCAAACAGCCUGCAGACUUGCAAAGAAGUUAUGGACACUCUGAUUGCAAAAAUGGCAGAGUUGAACAAGUUCACGGUGGAGCAUCAAGAGGAAGUGGGCUCUGAUGAAGAGGACGCCCCAUCAGGCCAGCAAACUAGCACAGACGCCUGCAGUGAUUUGACCAUCCAACAGGUCCGAACUGUCGACCAGGACGGGAACCUAAAGGUGGUCUACCCGUCUAAGACAGACCUCUCCGGAGAUAUCCCCAACUUGACAGUAAUUUGGUAGUACAGUAAGCCCGUGAUUCCACAAGGGCUGAGUUCUAAGAAUGAAACACAAAUUGGACAAAUUCAUUUUUUUUCUAGUUUAAGCCUGAAAGCACCUUCACACCUCAUUCUAAAUUCAAAUAAAGUUACUGUAAUGUG